GCUGAAAUAGACAAACUUUCAUGAUCUUGUCAUUGCAUUCUUUGCUCUUACCAGAUGGCUCAUCAAUCAAAUGGUUCAGCCUUUCCCCGGCGAAAACGCUCCCCAUUUCAAGACAUAACGAAUACAUCGCCAUCAGGCCAGACCACCAAUGAAGUUGCAACGCCCACAGGUGCCGGAGAUACUUCACAGGUUCAUCAACCUGCUCCAAAAAAACAGAGGGGAAGAGUCUCCCCAUUUCAAGAUAUAACAAACACAUCGCCAUCAGGCCAGACCACCAACGAAGUUGCAACGCCCACAGGUGCCGGAGAUACUUCACAGGUUGAUCAACCUGCUCCAAAAAAACAGAGGGGUCAAGGAUGGUAUGGACGAAUGACUGAACAACAAAGAGCGCAGUACCUACUCAAACAGCGUGAAGCACGACAACGAAAACGUGAUCUUGCACAGUCCAUAAAAAAUAGGCCACCUGUUGUUUCCAAACCUGAAGACCCCACUGUGAGCACUAUAAGGGAUGUUACAAUUACUACCGCGCAGCAGUCCAAUCUCACGCACGAUGUUAUUGCAACUCCUCUAUCAAGAUAUAAACAGGGCACUGUAACAAAUUUGACUGGAACUCCCAAGCCAACUGUGCAAUCAUCUCGAGCUUAUCUAGGAAAACGACCCAUGAAUUGUAUUACUGAGCGAUACUCACAUGAAAAUAUUAUAGGGAGAAACUAUGCACAUUUAAAUGGGUCAAUGCAUUAUUCUCCUGUCGCACCUAACACCAUAAACAUCAACACCCGGUCCAAUGUGAGUGCUAUUCAAAGUGAUAAUUUUGUCCGGAACUUGCUACCAAGCUUUCAAUCUGGAUGUGCCAGCCCAGAUCAACAAUCACCUGGGAGAUUCGUACUUCAAGAUUCUCCUAAGAAAACUGCUGCAGAAACAAAAAGGAUGCGAGAGAGAGGCCGAUACACUUCAAUGAGUCCCGAUCAAAUGGAUGCUCUCCUAAAAAAAAGACGAGAUUAUAAUGUUAGGAGGAGAAGCACUACACCAUCAAAGUGUACUGCUGCGACGUCUCCAGUACACCAUGGUGAAGCUGCAGACGAUGAGCUUGACGAGGAAGCAAGAAUAUCCAAAGUGGACAACCUCCAGUUGGUACGAACACAGCACAAGAAGUCCAAUCAAGUGAUUUACCCAGACAAGAUGAAGACCAAGCCGGUGAUUUACCUAGACGAGAUGAAAACCAUACUAAUGAUUUACCUGGACAAGAUGAAGAACAUGGUACUCGAUGCACUGGACAAGAUGAAGAACAUGCUCCUGAUCCAACAGGCAUGA